CGGCUCGGCUCGAUUCGGCUCGGCUCGGCUCAGCGGCUCGGCUCGGCUCGGCUGCGUGGCCGCGGACUGACUGACGGGCGUGCGUUGGGGGCGCGGGGCGCGGGCCUCGGCGGCGGCGGCGGCGGCGGCGGCGGCGGCGGCGGCGGCGGAAGCCUGGUGCCCCCGCCCGCCCGGUCCUCUCGGAGAGGCGGAGGCAGAGCAGGCGGGCGGCAUCCGAGCGAGCGCAGGCGCGGGGGGCGGUGGCGCGGGGGAGGCGCGGGGGGCGCGGAGCGAGCGCGGCCCGCCGGGCGCCGCCGACCCGGCCCAGCGGACGGACGGACGGACGCGGACGGACGCGGCCCCUCCCUGCCGCCGCCCGCCCGCCCGGGGCGCCCACCUCGCCGGCGCCGGGCCCGGGAGCGAUGACAUCGACGGGGAAGGACGGCGGCGGGGCGCAGCACGCGCAGUAUGUGGGGCCCUACCGGCUGGAGAAGACGCUGGGCAAGGGGCAGACAGGCCUCGUGAAGCUGGGGAUACACUGUGUCACGUGCCAGAAGGUGGCCGUCAAGAUCGUCAACCGGGAGAAGCUCAGUGAGUCUGUGCUGAUGAAGGUGGAGCGGGAGAUCGCCAUUCUGAAGCUCAUCGAGCACCCCCACGUCCUCAAGCUGCACGACGUCUACGAAAACAAAAAAUAUUUAUACCUGGUGCUAGAACACGUGUCUGGUGGGGAGCUGUUCGACUACCUUGUCAAGAAAGGGAGGCUGACGCCCAAAGAGGCCCGCAAGUUCUUCCGGCAGAUCAUCUCGGCGCUGGACUUCUGCCACAGCCACUCCAUCUGCCACAGGGAUCUGAAGCCAGAAAACCUUCUGCUGGACGAGAAGAAUAACAUCCGGAUCGCAGACUUCGGCAUGGCAUCGCUGCAGGUUGGCGACAGCCUGCUGGAGACCAGCUGCGGAUCCCCCCACUAUGCCUGCCCGGAGGUGAUCCGGGGGGAGAAGUACGACGGCCGCAAGGCAGACGUGUGGAGCUGCGGCGUGAUCCUGUUCGCGCUGCUGGUGGGGGCGCUGCCCUUCGACGACGACAACCUGCGGCAGCUUCUGGAGAAGGUGAAGCGGGGCGUGUUCCACAUGCCGCACUUCAUCCCGCCCGACUGCCAGAGCCUGCUGCGCGGCAUGAUCGAGGUGGACGCGGCGCGGCGCCUCACGCUAGAGCACAUUCAGAAACACACAUGGUACAUAGGCGGCAAGAACGAGCCGGAGCCGGAGCAGCCCGUCCCCCGCAAGGUGCAGAUCCGCUCGCUGCCCAGCCUGGAGGACAUCGACCCCGACGUGCUGGACAGCAUGCACUCGCUGGGCUGCUUCCGGGACCGCAACAAGCUGCUGCAGGACCUGCUGUCGGAGGAGGAAAACCAGGAGAAGAUGAUUUAUUUCCUCCUACUGGACCGGAAAGAAAGGUACCCCAGCCACGAGGACGAGGACCUGCCGCCCAGGAACGAGAUAGACCCUCCCCGGAAGCGCGUGGACUCCCCGAUGCUGAACCGGCACGGCAAGCGGCGGCCCGAGCGCAAGUCCAUGGAGGUGCUGAGCGUGACGGACGGCGGCUCCCCGGUGCCUGCACGGCGGGCCAUUGAGAUGGCCCAGCACGGCCAGAGGUCCAGGUCCAUCAGUGGCGCCUCCUCCGGCCUUUCCACCAGCCCCCUCAGCAGCCCCCGGGUGACCCCUCACCCCUCUCCGAGGGGCAGUCCCCUCCCUACCCCCAAGGGGACGCCCGUGCACACGCCUAAGGAGAGCCCGGCUGGCACGCCCAACCCCACACCACCGUCCAGCCCCAGCGUGGGAGGGGUGCCCUGGAGGACGCGGCUCAACUCCAUCAAGAACAGCUUCCUGGGGUCACCUCGCUUCCACCGCCGGAAACUGCAAGUUCCAACGCCUGAGGAGAUGUCCAACCUGACCCCGGAGUCCUCCCCAGAGCUGGCCAAGAAGUCCUGGUUCGGGAACUUCAUCAGCCUGGAGAAGGAGGAGCAGGUCUUCGUGGUCAUCAAGGACAAGCCGCUGAGCUCCAUCAAGGCCGACGUCGUCCACGCCUUCCUGUCGAUCCCCAGCCUCAGCCACAGCGUCAUCUCCCAGACGAGCUUCCGGGCCGAGUACAAGGCGACGGGGGGCCCCGCCGUGUUCCAGAAGCCGGUCAGGUUCCAGGUGGAUAUCACCUACACGGAGGGCGGGGCGGCGCAGAAGGAGAACGGCGUCUACUCGGUCACCUUCACGCUGCUGUCAGGCCCGAGCCGCCGCUUCAGGAGGGUGGUGGAGACCAUCCAGGCCCAGCUGCUGAGCUCCCACGACCAGCACUCGUCAGACACCACUAACUGUAUGGAAAUGAUGACGGGGAGGCUUUCCAAAUGUGGAAUUAUCCCGAAAAGUUAACAUGUCACCUCCACGAGGCCGUCCUCUGUGCUCUGCACCGGACACCGGCUGACCGAAGGCCGCUGCCGUGGACCCGCCCUCUCUCCUCCUGCUGCUGCUGCCUGCUGGGCGGCGGGUCCCUGCCCGCCCGCCACCGCCGCCGCCGCCGCUGCCCACCUGCCCACGCGGCAGCUCUGCCCGGUCUCAGCUCCGCAUGGCCAAGGGGAGGAGGCCCCGGCCCGAGGGGAAGCCGCCUCGGGCCCACCUGACUGGACACGCAGUGACCAGAGCCCUCGGCGGGUCCGGCCAGGGCGAGCGAGGGGGCCAGGCAGCCGUCAGGCCCGGCCACCGCGCGGCCUCUCCUCCGCACCCCCCCCCCCCACCACCGCA